UGUUGAUUGGAUUGUAGCAUAGAGGCACUAUGUACUCAGAGUGGAGAUCCUUGCAUCUUGUCAUUCAAAAUGAUCAGGGGAAUACCAGUGUACUUCACAGCUAUCCUGAGAACGUGGGGAGAGAAGUGGCAAAUGCAGUGGUUCGUCCUCUUGGACAAGCUUUAAUUACAUCACCUGUUGGAAGUGAGAGUUUACUGAAAACAGACAAAGAAGUAAAAUGGACUAUGGAGGUGGUUUGUUAUGGACUGACUCUCCCUUUGGAUGGCGAUACUGUGAAAUACUGCGUGGAUGUGUAUACAGAUUGGAUUAUGGCUCUUGUGUUACCUAAGGACUCUAUUCCUUUACCUGUUAUUAAGGAACCAAACCUUUAUGUUCAAAGCAUUCUCAAACAUCUCCAAAAUCUCUUUGUACCAAGGCCAGACCCAGGAUCCAGUCAGAUCAGACUGUGCUUGCAGGUUUUGAAAGCUGUCCAGAAGCUGGCGCAUGAGUCAACAAUUAUGGCAAGAGAAACCUGGGAGGUUUUGUUAUUAUUUCUUCUUCAGAUCAAUGACACUCUUCUAGCAGCUCCAACUGUGCAAGGUGGCAUUGCUGAGAAUCUGGCUGAGAAAUUAAUUGGUGUGCUGUUUGAGGUAUGGUUACUCGCUUGUACGCGGUGCUUUCCAACACCUCCUUACUGGAAAACUGCCAAAGAGAUGGUGGCUAACUGGCGACAUCAUCCUGCAGUAGUUGAACAGUGGAGCAAGGUCAUUUGUGCCCUUACUUCCAGGUUGCUGCGUUUUACAUAUGGACCUUCAUUUCCUCCAUUCAAAAUUCCCGAUGAAGAUGCUGGUCUGAUUCCUCUUGAAAUGGAUAAUGAGUGUGUUGCACAAACAUGGUUUCGCUUUUUACAUAUGCUGAGUAAUCCUGUGGAUUUGAGUAACCCAGCCAUUAUUAGCUCUACCCCCAAAUUUCAGGAGCAGUUUCUGAAUGUGAGUGGGAUGACUCAAGAACUGAAUCAGUACCCCUGCCUUAAACAUCUUCCUCAAAUAUUCUUUCGUGCCAUGCGUGGAAUCAGCUGUUUAGUGGAUGCAUUCCUAGGCAUUUCCCGACCCCGGUCAGACAGUGCACCACCCACGCCAGUGAACAGGCUGAGCAUGCCCCAGAACACUGCUACCAACACCACUCCACCUCACAACCGGAGGCAUCGGGCAGUGACUGUGAACAAAGUGACAAUGAAAACCAGUACUGUAACUACUGCACAUGCUUCAAAAGUGCAGCACCAACCUUCCUCUCCUUCUCCACUCUCUAGCCCAAACCAGACAAGCUCUGAGCCUCGGCCACUUCCAGCUCCUCGCAGGCCAAAGGUUAACAGCAUCUUGAACCUCUUUGGAUCAUGGUUAUUUGAUGCAGCAUUUGUUCACUGUAAACUUCAUAAUGGAAUAAACAGAGACAGCAGCAUGACUGCAUCUUUUAUCCAAAUUCUUCUUUCUUAUAAAUCUUCUAUAGCGACGCAGGCUAGUGUGGAGUUCCGCCGGAAAGGAUCCCAAAUGUCCACAGACACUAUGGCUUCCAACCCCAUGUUUGAUGCAAGUGAAUUCCCAGACAACUAUGAAGCAGGAAGGGCAGAGGCAUGCGGGACACUGUGUAGGAUAUUUUGUAGCAAGAAGACUGGGGAGGAAAUAUUACCAGCUUACCUAUCCCGAUUUUACAUGCUUUUAAUUCAGGGUUUGCAGAUAGCAGAUUUCGUUUGCCACCCUGUUCUUGCCAGUGUUAUUCUAAACUCCCCUCCUCUGUUCUGCUGUGACCUGAAAGGCAUUGAUGUUGUGGUUCCCUACUUCAUUUCGGCUCUGGAAACUAUUUUACCUGACAGAGAACUCUCAAAGUUUAAAAUCUAUGUAAACCCCACAGAGCUAAGAAGAGCUUCCAUUAACAUCUUGCUAUCUCUGUUGCCUCUCCCUCAUCAUUUUGGAACAAUAAAGUCUGAGGUUGUCCUGGAAGGGAAAUUCAGCAAUGAUGACAGCUCAGCAUAUGAUAAACCAGUAACAUUCCUGUCCUUGAAGCUGAGGCUUGUGAAUAUCCUUAUAGGAGCUUUGCAAACGGAAACUGAUCCCAACAACACUCAGAUGAUACUAGGUGCAAUGUUAAAUAUUGUUCAGGAUUCAGCACUGCUAGAAGCCAUUGGCUGUCAGAUGGAAACAAAUGGUGGUGAAAGCAACCUCUUCAAAAGCCACAGUCGCACUAACAGUGGCAUUAGCACUGCAAGUGGUGGCAGCACAGAGCCCACGACACCUGACAGUGAGCGGCCAGCACAGGCCCUCCUGAGGGAUUAUGCUCUUCAUACAGAUACAGCUGCUGGAUUGCUGAUCCGCAGCAUUCACCUGGUAACCCAAAGGCUCAACUCCCAGUGGAGGCAGGACAUGAGUAUCUCUCUGGCUGCCCUGGAGCUGCUCUCUGGACUGGCAAAGGUGAAGGUGGUGGUGGAUCCCUCGGAUCGGAAGCGCGCGAUCAGCUCUGUGUGCAGCUACAUCGUCUACCAGUGCAGCCGCCCGGCUCCACUGCACUCCCGGGACCUGCACUCCAUGAUCGUGGCAGCUUUCCAGUGCCUCUGUGUCUGGCUCACAGAGCACCCCGACAUGCUGGAUGAGAAGGAUUGUUUAAAAGAAGUACUGGAAAUUGUGGAACUGGGCAUUUCAGGGAGUAAAUCCAAAAACAGUGAACAGGAGGUCAAGUACAAAGGAGAUAAGGAGCCAAACCCUGCAUCCAUGCGAGUGAAGGAUGCUGCUGAAGCUACACUAACAUGCAUUAUGCAGUUACUUGGAGCAUUUCCUUCUCCCAGUGGUCCUGCUUCUCCUUGCAGCUUGGUGAAUGAAACCACGUUAAUUAAAUAUUCCCGCCUCCCUACCAUAAAUAAACACAGCUUCCGUUACUUUGUUUUGGAUAACAGUGUCAUCCUGGCCAUGUUGGAGCAGCCUCUAGGGAAUGAACAGAAUGACUCUUUCCCCUCUGUCACGGUUUUGAUCCGUGGGACAUCUGGAAGAUUUGCGUGGGCCCAGCAGCUCUGUCUUUUACCAAGAGGAGCUAAAGCAAAUCAAAAGACAUUUGUACCAGAACCUCGACCAGCUCCUAAAAAUGAUGUUGGGUUGAAAUACAGUGUUAAACACCGCCCUUUCCCUGAAGAAGUGGACAAGAUUCCAUUUGUGAAAGCUGACUUGAGCAUUCCAGAUUUACAUGAAAUCGUGAAUCAGGAACUUGAAGAGCGCCAUGAGAAGCUGAGGAAUGGAAUGGCUCAGCAGAUUGUCUUUGAGACUUCCAUAGAUCAGAGAAGUGAAGAGGAGUGGCGGAAGAAGAGCUUUCCUGAUCCCAUCACGGAGUGUAAGCCCCCGCCACCAGCACAGGAGUUCCAGACAGCACGUCUGUUCCUCUCUCACUUCGGCUUCCUCUCAUUAGAAGCAUUGAAGGAACCUACUAACAGUCGUCUACCUCCUCACCUGAUUGCACUUGACUCUGCUCUACCUGGGUUUUUUGAUGACCUUGGCUACUUGGAUUUGUUACCUUGUCGUCCUUUUGAUACUGUUUUCAUUUUCUACAUGAAGGCAGGCCAGAAAACUAGCCAGGAGAGUUCAAAGAUUCAGAUCAGAAAGGCAUUUCAGCUUUGUACGCUCAGCUUGCAGGGAAGGUUGCAGUUUGUUCCAGCAAUGAGCAGUGUCAAGAUCCUGAAGAACAUGGAGUCUUCCAGAAUUGUUCAGCCCCACUUCCUGGAGUUCUUGCUGUCUCUUGGUUGGUCUGUCGAUGUUGGGAAGCACCCUGGGUGGACUGGUCACAUCUCAACAAGCUGGUCAAUCAACAGCUGCAGUGAUGAAGAGGGACCUGAACAAGAUGAUCUAAUUAUCUCAGAAGAUGUUGGGGCAAGUAUUUUCAAUGGACAGAAGAAGGUGCUGUAUUAUGCGGAUGCCCUGACAGAAAUUGCCUUUGUUGUCCCAUCACCAGUGGAAUCCCUCACUGAUUCACUGGAAAGCAGUGUCUCUGACCAGGAAAGUGACUCCAACAUGGAUCUGCUGCCAGGAAUAUUGAAGCAGCAGCCUCUGACACUUGAACUCUUCCCCAAUCAUACUGACAAUCUUAAUCCUUCCCAGCGGCUGAGUCCUACUUCUAGAUCCAAGAGGAUUCCUCAGGGCCGAACCAUUCCACCAAUGGGACCUGAAACCAAAGUGUAUGUGGUCUGGGUGGAACGUUAUGAUGAUAUAGAAAACUUCCCCCUCCCUGAUCUGGUAUCUGAGACUAGCACUGGUGUGGAAACCACAGCCAAUAGUAGCACUUCCCUGAGAUCUACCAUUCCUGAGAAGGAAGUUCCUGUGAUCUUCAUCCAUCCUUUAAACACUGGCUUAUUCAGGAUAAAACUACAAGGAGCAACUGGAAAAUUCAACAUGGUUAUCCCACUGGUGGAUGGAAUGAUAGUCAGUAGGAGAGCUCUUGGUUUUUUAGUGAGACAGACAGUAAUAAAUAUUUGUCGCAGAAAGAGGCUGGAAAGUGAUUCGUACAACCCCCCCCACGUCCGUCGAAAACAGAAAAUAGCAGAUAUUGUCAAUAAAUACCGGAACAGGCAGCUGGAGCCAGAGUUUUAUACCUCGCUUUUCCAGGACGUUGGGCUCAAGAGCUGCAACCCCUAGGUCAUUAUCCUUCCAGGACAAUUAGAUCAGAGCUUGGUGGCUACACUAAUGAAAACAGUUAAAUAACAGCAACAAAUUUUCUCAGCCCUCUGGAAUUCAGGAAAUCAUGUUCUAGCACAAGUCAGCAGGUACCAUGUGGGAGGAAUGAGAAAUGAAUCCGAAACACUGCAGUUGGGAUGUUGACAUGAUUCACCUACCCUCAGAAGAUUAUUGAAUUCCAGUCUUCCUGGAUGCUAGCAAAAUACUCUCUUCACCCAGUCAUCCUUUCCAGACUAAUUAGGAGCUGUAGGAGUCUUGCUCUGAAGGGAAAACAAUCAAAGUGAAGCCAUCUCUGCAUACGAGGAUGGAAAUAAGAAUAGAAACAAACCUGCCAUUAAACACCUUGCUGCACCCAUGUGUCCAAGGGCAAGGGAGCAGGAUCUUCCCUUGGAGGAAGAGUCUGUUCCAGAGCAUUAACUUUCCCUCUAAGAACUUCAAAGACAUUUUCAGUCCCCCUUGAGUGCUCAACAGAAGAUCCUUCAUUGGAUGGGUGUAACCCAUCUCUGUACCAGAAGCAAGAGGAGGAAGAUUGCUUGGAAAGAGAAGGCCCUAAAAUCCAAAGCCCAGAUGCUGUAUGUGGCUACUCCCUCCAGGGCUCGUAGUGAGUCCAUCUGCAUACAAGACCACCACCACCACCUGAAAUUAACUGACUUUCCAAAAGAAGUUGUUAUUGGAUAAGAGCUUUUGGUUAUAUAAAAGUGAGGUUAUGACUUUCAAGUCUGUUGCAAAAUGUCUCAUUUCGGUAGCUUGAUUUUUAUUUUUUAAUUUUUUUUAAUGCAACUACUUAAUUUAUUUUGAAGUGUCUAUAUCACCUACUCACUGUUUCCAUAAAAAGCAUAAAAAUCACUGGCCUUCCUUCCAUUGGAUUGAAAUCUGAGGUGUGGGGCUGCCUCCUCCCUAUUAUUUAUAGCAUGAGCAGAUUUUGCAGCUUCUACAACACUUUUCAGAAGCUCCUGUUAAGCAGACCAAACAACUCAAAAAGAAAAUUCUUUUCCCCAUUAAUUUCAAUGCCAUGAAAGCCCCUUUGGAGUUAUAACUUGACAUUGUUUUGAAUCUCCUGCAUGUUCUCACAUUCAGCAGCAGUGCUUCCCUUCCACCUAGGUCAGGAGUUUUAAUUUUCAGCCUGUGGCUUUGAUGUGUUCAGGACUCAAAGGAUGUGCUGGGAAAAAAUGUUUGCAGCUACAGCUGUGAUACUGGGAUCUCAGAUGUGGUGGGUGCGGGCAGCCCUGGGAGCACCUCUGGCUUCUGGUACAUCCCAGCUGGUGGUGCAGCAGGGAAUUGUGGCUGACACUCCUGGGGAGGUGCAGCCUGACAGCAGCGGGGAUCCUGAUCCUUCCAGCACUGGGUAAUGGAAGAGGAUGAGUGAACACGAAUUUGGGGGAGCUCUUCACAUUAUUUCCAAAGUGGUUUUAAUAUGCUGUGCUAUGCAUUGUAGUAAUACCUGUCAGGCAUUGAAUUUUGAUAUUUCAGAGCUACUUUUUGCAGCAGUUAUGACUUGAAGCAGUCUUAAUUGUUUCAUUACAACUUACCUGCCAAGGACAGACCUCGCUCCUGGCUUUCCAUGUGGUUUUUCAGAGUUCAUGGAAACACGGGCCCCUAAAAAUACACGUGAAAGGACUUUGAGGUGGCCAACCACUGUGCUUUGUGUUUGUUGCAGGGAAUAAGUGCACUGACUUCUCCAUUCUGGAGCUCUGGAAUUUGAUCCAGAUGAAUAAAAAGUGAAAAAAAUUAAACCACCCAAAGAAAACUCCUGUAGCAAGAUGUGUGCUGGCUGGCCCAUACCUGUGUGCUGCCCAGGUGGCACAUGGCAGGAGGAGCUCCAGGGCAGCAUUUGGGUGCAUUGGCCAACCUGUGCAGGAAACUUGGACAGCCUCAUUCCUCUGCCACACUCUUGCCAGGAGCAACUUAAUGCACAGACUCUAAAUUUACCCACACUGUGUAUGUACCUAUGGGCUCUAAUUAACAGCCAAACACACUUGAACCGACUGGUUUUAAAGCCAUGAGCAAUGCAUGUGUAACCAAUAAACAUCCUGAGAAAUCCCUGUGUCUGCACACUGACAGUGUAACAGCAACCCCCUUACUACAGCUGAGUGUUACACAGUCCUAGCAGACGCAGCACAGCUGCACCAGGUGCUGCUGUCAGACUGUUGGGAGCAGUCACGAAUGCAGAGAUGGGUGUCGGGGCAAAUCCUGAGUGGUUUCUGGCAGGGAUAGCCAAGUGGACUGCCUGAAGAUUUACUUUCUUCAAAAAGACCUGUGCUUGGCUGAAGGGUUGUCUUGGGUCUAUUUCCAUGUUCACCAAAAGGCACCCAUGGGAGCAGUAACAGCUGUGAGAUCCAUAGGACUUGGGAGGAGUCUGGAAAGAAGGUAACUUGUCACCACUCCCUAUUCCCGGGGAUGGAUGUUUAGAAUAUGUGUCAGUUGAGUUGUAGAACCAGCUGGUGAGCAGGUUACACGUGGUGUGACCUGGCUGUAGGUGGUGGGAUUGGUUGUCUGGAAAAGUAAGCCUUUGGGAAAGUCACAGUUCAGUACAAAAAUGUGAUGCAGAGCUGUGCUGCCAUCCUUCAUGGUUUGAAUACUGGUCACAGUAGUGGGCACCCUGUGCAGACUGUGCCAGUGAAGGGUGCCUGCAGGGACUGUUCCCCCUUCCCCCAGAUGUGCAGAGGUCUCGGGCUUCAUAACAAAAUACACCCCACCAGUCUGGGAAUUGUAUCCAUCUCCUCUCAAAAUCUGACCAAACUCUGAUGGCUUUAGCUAGUCCAGGGUACUGUUUUGAGAGCUUUUCCCCUAAAGGGCCUGAGCAAAUGUGGUUUAUUUCCCUGAUGAUUGCAAGAGUUAGCCAAGAAUCUAGAUUUUUUUUUUAUAUCACAAACUGCUGCAUAAAAUUUCUGACUUGAUGCUUGAGUGGCUUGGGUCAGCAUCACUGUCCAUCGGAGGGGAUGAGUGCUCAAACACCUCCCUGCCCUCAACCUGCAAGAGUUCCACAGUAUAAACUGGGACUCUUCAUCAAACCUUUCAGUUUGGGUUCAUAAUUCUGUUUUAACAGAGCAGGAGGUGAUCACUGUCAUGUUGUUAAACACAAUGUUGAAAUUACAUUUUAGUACCUUCAUAUAGAGACUUUGAAAAAAAAAGCCAUUCUUUUAAAGGUACUUUUAGAAAUGCAUUAGAAUCUUACAGCAGGCAGGAGAGGGGGAGGACAGUGCCUGUGGAAAUUGGUGCAUCUGUGGGUAGCAGUGUGCAAGGCUGGAGGGAGGAGCAGCCCUGGCUCCUCCUGGGCUGUACCUGCUGGGUUCACUGUAGGUCACAGUGUUUGUUUUCACAAGGUUCUGCAUGCCCAGGAAGAGGAGAGAACUAAAUUUCAGCCUCACAGACAAAUUUGAUGCAUUUUCGUGAUUCUGUAAUUGAGUGAUACCUUUAAAGGCAAACACAGCCCUUUUCUCCAUGGAUUUAGCAGGAGUAAUUAGAAGUGAGAAUGCCAGAUAUCAUGUGCUUCAAUCAUAGAAAAUUUGUAUGAAUUCCUGUAUGUUGCCAAGACAUGAACGUUCUGUUCUUAUUGUAUUUUUUUGUAAAUAUUCCUGGCGCUAAGUUGUAAAGUAAAGGUAAAAUGUAAAUAUGAAGAUGUGAACUAUGUUCUGUUGUCUCUAGUACUUUAUCUCUUAUUUGUUUAGGGAAGGCACACAAAGGCUUGUUUGUAUUUAUGCCAAUUCUUUGUCCAGGAGAAACACAUCAAAUAUUGAAUGUAACACAAUUAGUCAAAUAAAUUUUAAAGAUUCUUAUCUAA